AUGGCUUUACCUUUUCCCGACAUCCCUUGGUUGCAAGGCUUUGAAAAGCCUUGUCGUUUUGAAGGGGAAGUACGCAACCUCAUUGUCCAUGGAGAGGUCCCAAAAGAAUUGGAUGGGACCUUCUUCCGUGUGAUGCCCGACCCCCAUAUCUCGCCGUCUUACCACGAGAACGGUACGCAAUAUAUACCAUUCGAUGGCGACGGCAAUGUCAGUGCUUUCAAAAUCAAAGAUGGCCAUGUUGAUUUCAGGCAGCAAUAUGUUAAGACGGAGAGACUUGUCAAAGAGAGGGAAGCACGGCAGUCUUUGUGGGGUCGAUAUCAGAAUCCUUAUACAAGUCACCCUUGCGUCAGGGCUGCGAUUGAGAGCACGGCGAACACCAAUGUUAUCUAUUAUCAUGGGAAUCUGCUUGCCUUGAAAGAGUAUACGCUUCCAUACUCUCUCGACCCAGUGACCCUAGAAACGCGAGGGUACUGGAAUUUCGACGGUCAAAUCUCCUCUAGAUCAUUCACCGCCCAUCCGAAAGUCGACCCUAAGAGCAAAGAGCUUGUAUGCUGGGGCACGCAAGCCAAGGGAUCCGGCACAACGGAUUGCUGUUACUUUGCCCUUGGCCCAGAUGGCAAGAAGACUGAGGAGUGCUGGUUCCAGAAUCCCUUUUGCGGCUUUCUGCACGACGCCGGAGUGUCUGAAGACUACGUCGCUUUGAUGCUUGUCCCGAUGCGUGUUGACAUUGAGGAGAUGAAAAAAGGUGGUUCGCACUAUUCGUACGACCAUGAUCUGGAUCUUCACUGGGGUCUAGUACCUCGACGGGGCUCGGAUGCCACGAAGGUCAGAUGGUUUACUUGGAAAAACAGUUUUCCAACUCAUACCGCGAACGCUUACCAGGAAGUUGGGCCCGAUGGAGAAAUAGAAAAGGUCUUCGUCGAGACUGUACUUGCCCAUGGGAACGUGCUGCCUUUCUUUCCCGAGGAAAAUCGAAAGGACAAUUCACCAACAAUCAGUAACAUUAAGAUUCAGUUGGUGCGGUUUUGCUUUGACCUGAAAGCCGAAGUGCCUACGGAUGGAACGUACCAGCGACUAUCUGAUCCCGAAGUGCUCUUGGACAUCCCUUGCGAGUUCCCACGCAUAGACGAUCGAUUCACGACUCAAAAACAAAAGUUCAUCUUCUGUGCUACUAACCAGGCGAGUGAGGAAUCGAACUCAAAGACCCUGGUGGGUUCUGCCGGCCUGAAUGCUUAUACGAUGGUCGAUCUAUCCCUCGGGAAAGUAGAGCACUGUCUUUUUGGACCCAAUUCUUUAGUUCAAGAACCCUGCUUUGCUCCAAGAUCAGCAGAUUCGCCGGAAGGAGAUGGCUUCUUGAUUGGCUUAGUGAAUCGUCUGGAUACCAUGUUGACGGAGUUGGUGGUAAUUGACACCAAGAAUUUCUCCAAGCCAGUAGCCGUGGUCGAAAUUGGGCUUCGACUGCGGCAAGGUUUGCACGGUAACUGGGUUGAUGCAUCCGAGAUGGAGUAG